AUGGAUACAUGGCAUCCUCACGGUAACCAGUGGGAACUAAAGAAGGAUGCGAGAGUACUGCUAUUACUAUGGAUACCCUUCCUCGAAGGCGCCUUUGCUUUGUCGGAGAUUGUUCAGCCAGAAAUUUCACCGUCCGACACGGUGUACGACUUUCAGAUCUGUACCACAAUGCUGGACAAUGUCCAUGCGUCGUUGGAGACAGGCUUUUCCGUACUGCAGUGCCCGCCCGAGACGCCACCGCCGCUUCCCCCCCAUCGAAGAUUCAACCUUGACCGGAUCACUCCCAAGGCCGCAAACGUUGCAUCUAUCCCCACCGAAUUCACCGAACUGGUCCCCCACCACUCAUUCCCUUCUAGUGGGUUUUGUCUUCACGACAACAUCGACGCUUCUUCUCGUCUUGACUCACUCUACGUCAAGACCCUAAACGCCAGACCAACACCCUCUCGACUCCAACCACCUGCCUACUACCCCCUCUUUUUUUUACCUGUCCUAUUCCGAUUCGGCUGGUUUACGGUCCAACCCAGACGCCCUUCCUCGGAUCUUAUCCUCACCGACCUCGGUAGCUACCUCAAGCGUAACACAGAUUCUCUCAUCUGA